AUGAGCCCUGUGUCCAUCCAGACUAAAGAUACAGACAUAUCUGGAGGGGGCGGGGCUUCACAUCCCCAUCUGCACAUUCCACAGUUCUGGACAAACUACACCCUGGAGAGAUCAGGCCACAACUCACAGCUCCUGAGCCACGACUCACAGCUCCUGAGCCACGACUCACAGCUCCUGAGCCGCGACUCACAGCUCCUGAGCCGCGACUCACAGCUCCUGAGCCGCGACUCACAGCUCCUGAGCCGCGACUCACAGCUCCUGAGCCGCGACUCACAGCUCCUGAGCCGCGACUCACAGCUCCUGAGCCGCGACUCACAGCUCCUGAGCCGCGACUCACAGCUCCUGAGUCUGCCCCGCAGGAUCGCUAAGGAGACUCAGCGGUUGAUGGCUGAGCCGGUUCCAGGCAUUAAAGCACUUCCUGAUGAGAGCAAUGCACGUUACUUCCAUGUGGUCAUCGCGGGACCUCAGGACUCUCCGUUUGAAGGAGGAACCUUUAAGCUUGAACUGUUUUUACCAGAGGAAUAUCCCAUGGCUGCACCUAAAGUCCGCUUUAUGACCAAAAUAUACCACCCCAACGUCGACAAGCUGGGGAGAAUAUGCCUUGAUAUUUUAAAAGAUAAGUGGUCACCUGCUCUUCAGAUCCGCACAGUUCUUCUUUCGAUCCAGGCGUUACUAAGUGCACCCAAUCCUGACGACCCUCUAGCGAACGACGUGGCAGAGCAAUGGAAGGCUAACGAAGCUAUUGCUAUCGAGACAGCCAAGUCUUGGACCAGGCUUUACGCUGGAAGCAAAAACGACAUUUAG